GUUAAGCGUAUUUUAUAAUAUUUAUUUGGUGAAACGCAUCGAAUCGGGAAUUCUUCCGAGCAAUGCUCCAUCGAGUCUGACAUCAGACUCAUCGUCCUUCAGGGACCAAUCUUCUGAGAGCCACGCCUACACCGUCCAUGUGGACCAAUCCCACGUACGAAAUUGCAGCGAGCUCGGAUCAUUUUUUUUUUAAACCAAAUUCCGUUCUGAACAUGGCAGGAACUCGUUCACUCGUUCAUUCUGAUGCACUUCCGUUAAAGUCAUUGUUUAGCCUGUAACUAUUUUCGUUGACACCAGUGACUGAUAAUUCGAUCAUCUUCUAUUUGUAAUCGGCGAAGAAUCGGAUCAUUGUCAAAAACACUGUGUCCACUUUUAAUCAUGACAUAAACUUCGUAGUUCGGUGGAGUGUACUUGUGCGUGAUUUAUUUGGAUUACGAUUUUAAGUGGAGCAUUGUUGGAAAAUGUCGUAGUCGUUAAAAGUGUGCGUCGGAAAUAUUAGGAUAAUCGGAAUCUUGUGUGAGUUAAAGGGAAAAGACAAAGAUGAACGAAGUGAAAACCCGCGUUGUGGAUACGAAUUGUUCGAAGCAAUUGAAGUUUGGAGUAGAACGUAUAUUGUCGGAUGAAAUUUCGUCGAAGAAAACAGAUGUACUAAGGCCGCUUCCGGUACAAUUUUCCACGGUGCGGUGUCCUUGUCCUGGAGGUUGCGUCAGGUGCGAAGCCCUACGAAUUUGCCCUCCAUUUUCUUACGUUCAAACUGCGAUUUCCGGAAACUACGCAAGUACCAACCAUGGAAACGGAGUAGUCGAAAAUUAUACCAGUAUUUAUCGACCGGCUCCACUUCGACCUGUUCCCAGAGUACCGAUAUCGUCUGCCUCGACACCGACCAAUCAAUCAGAGACCAAUACUAGAAGAAAAAGAUCUUGGUCGAGGGCUGUGUUCAGUUCUUUGCAACGAAAAGGUUUGGAAAGAAGAUUUUCUCUGCAAAAGUACAUCACGAAACCGGACAGGCGGCAACUUGCUGCUACUUUAGGGUUGACAGACGCACAAGUAAAAGUCUGGUUUCAAAAUCGACGAAUGAAAUGGCGGCAUACGAAAGAGAGCGAAAACACCGCUUUGUCGAACUCCGAUUCCCAGAAGGAAUCGUCUAGAAAAUUAGCGAAGGAUGAUACAAAGAGUGCAACGACUGAAAAGACUGUUUCGGAUGACGAAGAGGAUGUGGAGAUCGAAGUUGAUGUGUGAAUUUUACAAUGUACAUUUACGAU